GCCAUUGUGCGGCGUUCACAAGAAUAUUCGUCGUGACGCAAUAGGAACUCGUCCUUUCCGUUGACUUACCACGAGUGGAACAUGUCUCAUACAUCUGAACGAAGUAGAAACGAUGAACAAUGGUCAGGGGAUUCCAAAAAUGGACCAAGUGAAAGCGAAUCUCCUGCCUACAAUGGGCCUCCAGGCAUGGAGCCCGAAGGGAUUAUUGAAUCGAACUGGGAAGUUGUCGUUGACAAUUUUGAUGAAAUGAACCUUAAAGAAGAACUUUUGCGUGGUAUUUACGCUUAUGGCUUCGAAAAACCAUCUGCUAUUCAACAACGUGCCAUCCUACCCUGUAUUAGGGGACACGAUGUUAUUGCUCAGGCCCAGUCUGGAACUGGGAAAACUGCAACAUUCUCUAUAUCAAUUCUUCAACAAAUUGAUACGAACAUUAAGGAAUGUCAAGCAUUGAUACUUGCUCCAACUCGUGAACUUGCACAACAGAUUCAAAAAGUAGUUAUUGCUCUGGGAGACUUUAUGCAUGCAGAAUGUCACGCAUGUAUUGGAGGCACUAACGUACGUGAAGACAUGAGAAAAUUGAAUCAAGGGGUCCAUGUAGUGGUUGGUACACCAGGCAGGGUUUACGAUAUGAUCAGUCGACAAGCGUUGAGGGCUAGUAGCAUCAAGCUAUUUGUUCUGGAUGAAGCUGAUGAAAUGCUCUCGCGUGGUUUUAAGGACCAGAUCCAUGAUGUAUUCAAGCUAUUACCAAAUGAAGUACAGGUUAUUCUGUUGUCUGCUACAAUGCCUUCUGAUGUACUGGAUGUCUCUAAAUGCUUUAUGCGAAAUCCAGUUCGAAUUCUGGUGAAGAAAGAAGAAUUGACGUUGGAGGGAAUUAAGCAAUUCUACGUCUUUGUUGAACGUGAAGAAUGGAAGUUGGAGACCUUGUGUGAUUUAUACGACACGCUAAGCAUCACCCAGGCGGUUAUUUUCUGCAACACGCGGCGUAAGGUCGAUUGGCUAACAGAAAAUAUGCAUCACCGUGAUUUUACGGUUUCUGCAAUGCAUGGAGAUAUGGAUCAGAAAGAGAGAGAUCUCAUUAUGAGACAAUUUCGAACUGGUUCGUCUCGUGUCCUCAUCACAACUGAUCUGUUGGCUCGUGGUAUUGACGUGCAACAAGUAUCCCUUGUCAUUAAUUAUGAUUUACCUUCCAAUAGAGAGAAUUACAUUCACAGAAUUGGUCGCGGUGGUCGUUUCGGCCGUAAAGGAGUAGCUGUGAACUUCGUUACAGAGGACGAUAGGCGAACUCUGAAAGACAUAGAGCAAUUCUACAACACCCACAUAGACGAGAUGCCAUUGAACGUCGCUGACUUAAUCUAAGCACGUCCAUUGGCAAUAUUUCAUUAUAAUACGAAAAAAAUAAAAAGCAGUUUUGGGCUGAGUUCCAGAAGUGGGUGAGAUAUUUUUGGAAAUAAAGACCAGAUUUCCUGAUUCAAUAUAGAAGUUGCAUAAUCGAUUACCUUUCAAAACUCCUACUCCCCCCCCAUUCUUGUGUGGGGGGGAGUCUUAACACAACAGUAUAUACACUUCGUUUUAUUGUUUAUACGCUUACAUUAAUAAUUUUUUAAAAAUGAUGUAGGAGAAUCCAACUCUUUCACUGAUUAUUUUAUAUUUUUGUCAAUAAAAUACUGUGCAAAUCUUCA